AUGAAAUCUAAAAAAUGGACUGAAUUCCUCGAAGAAUUAGGAGAAUCUAAAGACUAAGAAAUUAAUGUUGAUCUUCUAAAGACAAUUGUAAAGUUCCCUAAUGAAAAAAUGACAUUUUUAGAAUUAGAACAUUAUUUAAGCAAUGAAUUUUAGGUUCAUUUUAACAAAGAUAGUAAUCGAAGUAAAUGGCAUAAAAAGGAUAAAUACUUACUUAUAUGGUGUAUUGUUAAAUUAGCAGAGAAGAGAAACAUAAAAUUCAAUGAAUUGGUAUUUAUGAAGCCUAAGUAUGCACUUUAGCAUCGAAAUGGAGUCUUUUAAUAUUUUUCAACUGUUCUAGAUCUUCCUACAUAAUUUCUUAUCAAAAAAUGGAUGAGUCUAUUAAAAUAAAGUUUGAGAGACAUACCAUGGACUUAAGAGGAAGAUAAAUUAUUGAUUGAAUUAAGAAAGUAAUUAUAAAUAUCUAUAAAGUAAAUAUCCAAAUAAUGAUUGGACUAUAAUAGCAGAAGAGUUUAUUUAUUUAGCACCAAAUUUAAGAUAUUAAAAGUAGAUACGUGAAAGGUAUAAUAAUGUGAUUAAUCCAAAAAUCAAUAAGUAAAUCUAAUUUAUAUUCAAAGAAAGCCUUUCACUCAUCAAGAGAAAUAAACUCUAAUGCUUAAAGCUUAAUAAUUGAAGAAAAAUUGGUCUAGUAUCUCGAAAUUAAUGCCGGGAAGGACUGAUAAUAAAAUUAAAAAUUGUUAUAACUCUAUUGUCAAAAAAAUUGCAAAAAAAAUACAUUUAGUAUAUUUAAUAUAUAUCUUAGGAUAAAAGUGAUCCUAAAUAAGAGUAGUAAAUAUUAAAGUAUAUCUAAAAAUAUAAUACCUAUGAUCCUGAUGAAUUAGCAAAUCAGAUAGAAAAAAUUGAAACAAAUUUCAGUCCUAUCAAAGUUGAACAUAUAAAUGAUAACUCCAAUACAUCAAACCAUCAGAAUCAUAUAUCUCCGAUUCUCCCUAGUUUCUAACCAUUACCAUUUAUCUAUGCUUAAUACUAUUAGAACUAUUAUUAUCCUCCAAAUAUCAAUUAUCCAUUGAUAUAUUUUCAUGGAAGUGAAGCAAAAAAAUUUUGA